AUGCAUAUGACGCCGGAAAUAUCGAAGAAGCGGGCAUCUGAGUCUGACGAUAUCUACUCCUACUCCAGUGGAAAAAGGAUCAGACUAGAUAACCUUUUUGACGGACUUUCUCUAGGUGGAGAUAGACUGAGUCCAGAGCAGGAAAAUAGCAUUAGAGAAGAUUUUGUCAUCAAUCCCAACGUGGAAACGUAUUCCGUGUAUAAAAAGAAGAUUUCAAAACCGAGAAGUAAUACUUCGUCAGGAAUCACCAGUGAUUUCAGUAGCUAUUUAGCAGAGAAACUAGUUGACCAUUUCAACGAAGAGAUGCUUCGCAACCUCCAGGUGAUCCCCUGGUACGACUACAGAUUCCUCGUGAUCUAUAGGUUUGAAAGAUGGGCCGUCCGUCUUUUCAACCGCUUUCUCCGAGAAUUCAACAAAAGAAACAACCUCCGAAUAGGGCCCAUGCGUAAUUACGAUAAAAUUCUCAAGCUUGUGGAAGAACAGAAAAUCACGGCUAACGACUUGUUUAAUAUUCUCGACCAAAUGUGCCAUGCAGAAAUGGCACAAAUCGAAAAGAGGAAAUGGUACCGGUCUCAGAAACAAGAUGAAUCUCACUUUGUAGAUGAAGCUGAGAUACUAAAAGAUACACGCUACGACUAUUGGGACACGCUUAAUAUAGACCGAGACUCAGCUAUGCUGGAAAACGAAGGAUAUCGCAAUGAUCUUACAGAUCUGAAGGUUGAAGAACUACCGCUUGAUGAGCAGGAUAUGGAGAUGGAAGACUGGGGCGAUGACAUCAUGGCAGACUACGGUUCCUAUUAUGGCGAAUACAGAGACAACAACAGCGAGCCAAUGAUGGCAUAA